GUGACUGACAGAAGUGCCUCAGGGCAGGUGGCCAUUAAAAAGCGAUCCAGUGUCCCAGGGGUCAUGAUCACUCAGUUUGUGGAGGAACUUCCCAAGGGAUCGAGCACGCCUGACUUCAUCCGCAAACCGAUUGCUUUGACUAUACAAGAAGGUAAACUGGCCAUCUUCAAGGCAAUUGUGACAGGGAUUCCAACACCAACGGUCACAUGGGCAAGAAACAAUGGAGAUAUCAGCGAUCCUGGGAGAUAUCAGAUGAAAUACUGUCCCAUUUCUGGUGAACACAAACUAGAGAUGCCCAACGUAUCAGCACUGGAAGAAGACGUCUACAAAUGCUUUGCCUGUAAUGAGUUUGGAAAGGCUGUCGUCACGGCCACUCUGAACGUCAUUGAAGUUGGAUUCAACAAGAGUAAGGCACUGCAGCAGUCAAGAACUGCUUUAAGGGAGAAAACACUGGAUUUCAAGAACCUCCUGAAAACCCGUACUGAACGAGAAAAACCAGAAAGGAAACAGGGAGAGCCAGAUGAAAAGGUCUGGGAAAUUUUACUGAGUGCGGACAAGAAAGACUACGAACGUAUCUGCAUAGAAUACGGCAUUACGGACUUCCGGGGCAUGCUGAAAAGGCUGAAUGAGCUGAAGAGGGAGAGGGAAGAGGAGCAGGCCCAGUUUGUUGAGCACCUGAGCAACCUAAAGCAUAUUGAAGUUAAAGCUAAUGGCUGUGCAGAGUUUGAAAUAACAAUGGACAUGAAGGACCCCAACAGCCGGAUUUUCUUAUAUAAGAAUGGAGAGAUGAUGGAGUUCGGCGAUGACACAAGCUCGAAACACAGUCUAAAAAAAGUGGGAAAGAAGUAUGUGUUCAGUGUUAAAGAUCUUGACCCAGAUGAUGCUGGCUUAUACCAGGUGGAUGUUGAGGGUGUCAAUAUAUUUUCAACCGAAUUCAAAGCACCCCCGGUGGAAUUCCUGGUUAAAAUUCAGGAAGUAACGGCCCUGGAGAGAGAGGAUGCUGUGUUUGAAUGUCUUUUAUCCCAACCCUUUCCAAAGAUUACAUGGGUAGGAAAGAAUGCAACGCUGCAAUCUGGAGAUAAGUAUGACAUCACUGUGUCUGAGGACAUGCUCAUCCACAGACUGGUGGUGAAGGACUGCAUGCAGGUGGACAAAGGGAUCUAUGCAGCCAUUGCUGGCAUUAAAUCCUGCAAUGCUUGGCUUAUAGUUGAAGCGGAAAAGGAUGCAGGCGCGCAGGGAAGAAAGAAAGCCCGAAAGUCAACCCAAGCCGGAGGUGCUGGCGUUGACCUGGAGAAGAUGGCCAGGAAGCAGCAGGCCAAGCUGCAAACGGGAAGAGAAGAGAUCUUAGGGUCACUGCAAAAAGCCAAAGAGGAGAAGGAGGCAUCUGCUCAGGAAGGUGAAGGCGAUGGGGUGGUUGGUUUGGCUGGGCGUAAGGAGUCCACGGUGAAAACGUCAUCACCUUCAGCUCCAACUGGACAAACAGGACAAAGUGGAGAAACAGGACAAACUGGGAAAUUAGGACAAACUGGAGAAACAGGACAAACUGGAACAACAGGACGAAGUGGAGCAACAGGAGAAACUGGGAAAUUAGGACAAACUGGAGAAACAGGACAAACUGGAACAACAGGACAAAGUGGAGCAAUGGGACAAACUGGACAAACUGGAAAAACAGGACAAAGUGGAGCAAUGGGACAAACUGGACAAACUGGAACAACAGGACAAAGUGGAAAAACAGGUCAAACUAGAGUAACAAGUCAAAGUGAAGAAACAGGACAAAGAGAUUCUUCAUCUCUUAAAAGCCAAAGUCAACUAUCUUCACCUCUAGAAGGCCAUAUUCAAGUCACUGCUGUGGAUGAGUCUAGUGGGAUCAGUUCUCCUGCUUGUGAAGCUGACGUUGUUGAUAAGUCUGCUGGGAGUAAGCAGGACACAAAAUCCACUGGGCAGAAGCCUGCGGAAGCAGUCGAGGCUGAGCUUGUUGGAGACGCACUUGAUGCAGAGACACUGCUCAGCCAAAAUACGAAGCGUAGCAGAGCGGGCCCACUUGUUCCAGAGACACUCGUAGAAAAAGGAGUUCACUUCAUCUGUGGUCUGUCAGACGUCAGUGCCAUUCUAGGCCAGUCUGCAGAGAUGGUCUGUAAGCUGAGCAAUGAAAACUAUGAUGGUGUCUGGUACAAAGAUGGAAAACAGUUGACGUCCAAUGAUGCCAUGACCAUUACUAAAGAAAAGACGUGGCACAAGUUAACAAUAAAGAACUGCCAAGAGGAAUGCAAUGGAAAAUACCGCUUUGAAGCCGAUGGACAUAAGACAGAAGCACAGCUUGUUGUAAAAGACCCACCCAGGUUUGACCUGGAUGAACUGGGUAACUUCUCAGAGCCGGUAGUUAUAAAAGUUGGCCAAAACGCAACCUUCAAGAUUGCUUUUGUGGGCCGGGAACCAAUGAAGGUGCAAUGGUACAAAGAUGGCGAAGAACUUGUGGACGACACCAGCAUCAAAGUGGAAAAGGCUUCUGAUCACAGCCGCCUACUACUCGGAAGGUGCCAGCGUAAGGACUCUGGAGAAAUCAAGAUCAAGGUCAGAAAUGAGUUUGGAACUGCCGAGGCUUGCACCAGUCUCAUUGUUCUGGACAAGCCAAAACCACCUCAAGCUCCAGUGGAGAUUAUUGAAAGUUCAGCGAAAUGCAUUGAAAUCAAGUGGAGGCAUCCAAAGGACGAUGGCGGCUCUCCAGUGACUAACUACGUCUUGGAACGGCAGCAGUUGGGACGCAACUCCUGGAAAAAACUUGGAGAGAUACCGAGAAACCCGACGUACAGAGACACUGACGUGACCCACGGGAGAAAAUACUGCUACCGUAUCUGGGCCCAGACAGCAGAAGGCCUCAGUGACAUGUUAGAGACUGACGACAUCAUGGCUGGAAACAAGGCAUAUCCUGGGCCUCCAGCUGCACCCAAAGUAGUCAGCGCUUUUAAAGACUGCAUUAGUCUCUCCUGGGCUCCCCCUGCCAACACUGGAGAUAGCAGCAUUUUGGGUUACAACCUGGAGAAACGCAAGAAAGGCAGCAACCUGUGGACCCAGGUUAACCCUGGAGGAGAGCCAAUUCAAGCAAAAAAAUAUGCAGUAAAAGAUGUUGUAGAAGGAUUGGAGUAUGAAUUUCGUGUCGCUGCAAUGAACAUGUCUGGAACAGGAGAACCAAGUUCUCCAUCUGAGUUUGUAUUUGCGAGGGACCCCAUUAAGCCGCCUGGUAAAGUUGUUGACAUGAAAGUCACUGAUUCAACAUACAACACUUUAUCGCUGGCAUGGACGAAGCCGCCAGUGGUAGCAGAGGUCCACGGGGAAGCCAAGGGGUACUUUGUGGAGAUUCGUCCAGCAGAGAGUAUUGCAUGGACCCGUUGUAAAAGCAGUCCUGUCACUAUGACAUCAUUUGUGGUUAUUGGCCUGAGGUCCAUGGCCAUGUACUGGGUGAGGGUGAUCGCCACCAACGAGGGGGGGUCGGGCGAUCCCCAAGAGCUGGACAACUACAUCCUGGCCAUGCCCCCACCCGUAAAGCCACGGUUUACAGAUGCCAAAAUGAAGAACUUCAUAGUGAUCAGGGAAGGCAAUUCUGCACGAGUAACCAUAAACUUUGAGGCCUCCCCUUUGCCAGAUAUAAUGUGGAUGAAGGAUGGCAUGCCCCUGGCUAAGCGGGUGACGGUGAGCAACACAGAGGGGGCGUCCCAGCUCCUCAUCCCCUCCUCAGAGCGCUCUGACACUGGAGUGUACGCCAUCAUAGUCAAGAAUCUGGUCGGCCAGGAAACGUGCAGCGUCGAGCUGAGAGUGACCGAUGACCCUAAACCACCUGGUACAGUGGAGGUUCAGCAGAAUGUCCCUGGAACACUGACUGUGUCCUGGGCACCAUCUCCAGACGAGAAGCGUGAUGACCGGCUGCACUAUAUGGUGUCUGAGCACGACUCCAGCAAACGGACCUGGCACACAGUGGGCGACCGGAUCUUCAACAAUAGCUACACAGCUGUCAGCAUCCUGCCUGGACGAGAAUACAGCUUCCGCGUCUUUGCCAAAAAUGACAUGGGCGUCUCAGAAGCCUCUGUGUCAGCCAAGUGGGGGAUUACCAAGAAAAAGGAUAAGUUUGUAGUGAACAUGCCCGAGGCAGAAAGCUGUAACUUCCAGACGCCACCCAAGUUCCUGGUGCCGCUGAAGAUGCACUCGGCCCCUGAAGGCUACGAGUGCUACAUGAGCUGUGCAGUGAGGGGUAACCCGGAGCCUCGCAUCACGUGGUACCGCAACAACGUGAGCCUUAGCACCGACCCCGACUACCAUAUCACCAGCACCUGCGGCGUCUGCUCCCUGCUGAUCCUCAGGGUUGGCCCUAAGAGCAAUGGGGAGUACAAGGUCAUGGCGGAGAACAGGCUCGGUCGGGCCGAGAGCUCCACUACGCUCACCGUGAGAGAAUGAAAGAGUGCAGAAGAGAGCAGAAGGCUAAUGAGGAUGAUGUUCCUAUUAUGGCGACAGUUUGUAUUUUCAUACUCUGUGUGUGUUUUAUUCAAAUAUUUCCAUGAUGGGCUCUAUAAUUCAAUAUUGCUAUUUGCAGGUACAAUUAAAAAGUAAGGAAAAUGAAAGCUGUUCAUUGGUUUAACAGUCCAGUGGUUUACUUCACCACUGUUUCACCUGCCCAUUGGCUGUUGCUAUGGUUUUACAGGAAGAGAACCAAUUGCACUGUUCUCGGAUUGUCAGAGAUCACUACACUGUUUGUUCUAAGCUUAAGAACCAACACAUUCUGUAACAUAUGGACAAAUGUAUAGGUACAUUGUGGAAUUAGAACUGGAGAGUAUUGCUCUACAUGGGGCAUCUCAAGAGAAGGACUAUAUAUUAUUGGUAAAGUUAUUCAAAAGUUUAAGUAAUGAGUGGCAUGUAGUGUACGUUUCCCUGAAGAUUAUCUGCUAAUAAACAAAAAAGAAGGGUUUGAUACAUAGAGUAAAUCCCUUCAUACAUUCAA